UCGUUUCCCUCGUGAAACUUAUUUAUACCUGCAAGCCUGUGCUUCAGAAAGGGGAACCAACAAACAACCGAGACUAGAAGUAGCGCAGAGGGGGAGGUGUCUGCAUGUCUCUGUCUGACAGGUGGACACGGUGUUCAUUCUGCAGGAGACUCCUAAGACCGACUGGCAGAUGGAGGCCACUCAGGGAGAACGAUUUAUUGAGGAUGCUGAUCAGAUUGUAGCGCCUCCCAAUGGUGGCGUUAACGAACUGCACAAUGUGGGGCAAGAGGACAACAUGCAGGGCGAUAUGGAGGAGUUUCUGGGCCCACAGGCACAGUACAAUGAGGAGGAGGAGGAGAGGAAGUACUACAGAAGAAAGAGGCUGGGAGUCAUUAAGAAUGUUCUUGCCAGCAGUUUUGGAGCCAUGAUUGUGUACAGUGUUUAUAUGGGCCUAUUACAGAUGCAACUGACCCUUCAUUAUGAUAUGACCUACCGUGAGGUGAAGUACAGCAACCUUGGACUUGAGGACAUUGACCGGAAGAUGCUGAUGGGAAUCAACGUGACCCCGAUCAUCGGUCUUCUUUACACCCCUGUACUCAUCAGGUUUCUUGGUACUAAGUGGAUGAUGUUUCUGGCCUCAGGAAUCUAUGCACUAUUUGUCUCAACCAACUACUGGGAGCGGUACUACACAUUGGUUCCUUCAGCUGUAGCCAUCGGCGUGGCCAUUGUGCCUUUUUGGGCUUCUCUGGGAAAUUAUAUCACAAGAAUGGCCCAGCAGUACUACGAGUAUGCUAACUACAGGGAGGAGCACGUGCAGGAGCAGAGGAAGCUUCCGAAGGGGGCGUGCCACAGCUACAUCAUCGUCUUCCAGUCGGUUUUCUACGCCAUCUUCAACCUGAGUUUCGUCUUUGCAGAGUUCCCCAUGCGUCUCGUCCUCCACGAGCACCUGCAUGACAACCCACACACCCUCUGCAACGUGAAAACAUGUGGUGCUGCAAUCAAAGGUAUCAUCCCCGGCUUCAACAGCACCGUGCUGCGCAACCUGCCGCGCUCCAUGCUACUCAUCGAGGUGGAGAGCAUCCUGAUGGGCUUCGCCUUCCUCUCCAUGAUCAUUUUCCUCCUGCUGUGUGGCCCCGCCUACCGACCGACGGAGGAGAUCGACCUCCGCAGCAUCGGUUGGGGGAACAUCUUUCAGCUGCCUUUCAAACAUCUGAGGGAUUACCGCCUGCGGCUGCUCUGCCCCUUCUUUAUCUACAGUGGACUGGAAAUGCUGUUUGUUAUCAGCGGGUUCUCACUGUCCUAUGGUGUCUGUAUUCUGGGCCUGAAAAGCCUCUGGCUCCUGAUCAUGGUCUACGGCCUCUCCUGCUCCGUAUUCUCCCUCCUCUCUCUUAGCCUCCUGCGCCUCCCACGAUGGGUGUGUCUGAUGGGUGGUGCUGCGGUGCACGGGGUGCUGCUGGUGGUCCUGCUCGCUCUGUCUGUAAAAUCCAAUUCACCGGAGUAUCUGGGUCCCCUGCUGGUGAUCAUGGUGCUGUGGGGACUCGGCAGCGCUCUAAACAAGGCAGGGAUUAGCACUCUUGUCGGCAUUCUGUACGCUGAGGAAAAAGAACGCCUGGAUUUCGUCUACACCAUCUACCACUGGUGGCAGGCCAUCGCCAUCUUUGUUGUCUACCUCUGGUCCCAAAUGCCCAUGAGGGCCAAACUGUCCAUCCUGCUGGCUACAUUGUUGCUGGCCUGCUACUGUUAUUGGGUGAUGGAGCGCCGUGUGGCACAAAAAGUGCCGCACAGACUUCCUCGUAUUCCUCGGCCACGACACAAGGUGAAAGGCUACCGCUACCUGGAAGAGGACAACUCAGAUGAGUCAGAUUCAGAGAGAAGCGAGGAGGAUGACGACGAGGACGAGGGAGAGAGGACGGAGGAGGAUGAGAAUGUUGUGGAGGAGAUGGGAGCAGCGGACAGGGAGGAUGAAGGCCAAGAUGCCAGAGCCGAGAGAGCUGACUCGCCUAGAGCCCGGAGGAGGGGGGCCGAUGGUCAGGGUGCCCAUGUGCAGGAAGAAGGGAGAGAGAUGUGACGAAAUGAAAGAAGAAAUGAAGGGAGGUUGUGGACAAAUGUUUGAUACAUAUGCCAGCUCUAUUCUACUUUAAUAGUAACUGGCAUCUUUUCUAUGUUCAAAACAAGAAGGGAACAAGGCCUUGAGCAAAACCUUCUUCAUUUUAGACACAUUGUAGUAGCAUCAUCCUCGGAUCAUCCUAAAAGCUUAUUAGUGCAGCCACUAUGUCUUUAACAGAUUAGUACAAUGGUAUUCAUAGUCCUUCUAUACACCUCAACUUUUUACUUGUUGCAUUUACAAACUUCUAUGUAUUUGAUUGGGAUUUUAUGUGAUAGACCAACACUAUUAUUGCACAUUAUUAAUCUACAUUUAUCUCCAUCCAUCUUCCCAUAAACUGUGAUCAGCCUUUUACAUCCCUGCUGAAAAAAAGCAUCCCGCAACAUGAUGCUUCCACCACCAUGUUUCACCAUGGCGACGGUAUGUUUAAGGAGAUAUGCAGGUUUAGUUUUUAAUAAUUAUGUGCCGCUUCGUGAUGAUCUACCACAUAAAAACCCAAUAAAAACAUUAAAGGUUGUGGUUGACGAAUUCCGGACAAUUUCAAAGUCGGUAAGAACUUUUGCCAAGAACGGUUUGGUGGAUUUUUAAAUAAAAAGAUGUUUUUGAGUUUAUAGGCAAACUUUAGAUUUUUUCGCUCAAGUCUUAAAGGUCAUACCUGUUCAUGUGUGUGUGCAAAACCAGAUCUUUUGCAGUAGAUCAAGGAAUAUAGUUUGCAUUUGCUGGUCACAGUCCGAAUCUAAUCUUCACAGUUCCAUAUCUCUUCUGUUUCUUAAUCUCAUUUAUACAGUAGCAGAUGCCUAAGAUUCACCUAUAGCUUUAUCCAUGUGUUUUCAUAAAGCCACGCAGCUGCUUAGAGGAAUCAUCAAAGAGGCUUUAGGGGUGGUACAGUCUGAAUCCUUGAAAGAUGAUAAGAAAUACACAAAAUACACUCAAAUGUUGGUAUUUCAGAUAUCAGUGUUUUCUUAAAUUUUAUUGAAAAGGAAUUUCUCAUCAUAAAUGUAUGUCUUUUAUGUAUUUUAAAGAUUUUUGUGUGAGACUGUAUAUUUCUUGUUAAUGUCCUGGCUUAUUAUGCUGCACACACUGGGUAAAACAGAACAACAAUUUAGAGAAUAAUGCUUUCAUUUUUCUAUCCACUCACUGGGCUUCAUGUUUACCAGAUCUGUCGAUAAACGGGAUUUUUAGUUGCUUCUGCAGGGCAAUUGUCUGUAAAAGAAAGCUCUGAAAGGGACAGAGCUAAAGGAAAAAAUACAAAUUGAUUUUAUCAUUUGAA